AUGAACCACGCCUACUUCAGUCACGCCUACUUCAGUCACGCCUACUUCAGUCACGUCUACUUCAGUCACGUCUACUUCAGUCACGCCUACUUCAGUCACGUCUACUUCAGUCACGCCUACUUCAGUCACGCCUACUUCAGCCACGUCUAUUUCCAUCAUGCCUACUUCAGUCACGCCUACUUCAGUCACGUCUACUUCAGUCACGCCUACUUCAGUCACGCCUACUUCAGUCACGCCUACUUCAGUCACGCCUACUUCAGUCACGUCUACUUCAGUCACGCCUACUUCAGUCACGUCUACUUCAGUCACGCCUACUUCAGUCACGCCUACUUCAGCCACGCCUACUUCAGUCACGCCUACUUCAGCCACGCCUACUUCAGCCACAUCUAUUUCCAUCAUGCCUACUUCAGUCACGCCUACUUCAGUCACGUCUACUUCAGUCACGCCUACUUCAGCCACGCCUGCUUCAGUCACGCCUACUUCAGUCACGCCUACUUCAGUCACGUCUACUUCAGUCACGCCUACUUCAGCCACGUCUAUUUCCAUCAUGCCUACUUCAGUCACGCCUACUUCAGUCACGCCUACUUCAGUCACGUCUACUUCAGUCACGCCUACUUCAGUCACGCCUACUUCAGUCACGCCUACUUCAGUCACGCCUACUUCAGUCACGUCUACUUCAGUCACGCCUACUUCAGUCACGCCUACUUCAGCCACGUCUAUUUCCAUCAUGCCUACUUCAGUCACGCCUACUUCAGUCACGCCUACUUCAGCCACGUCUAUUUCCAUCAUGCCUACUUCAGUCACGCCUACUUCAGUCACGUCUACUUCAGUCACGCCUACUUCAGUCACGUCUACUUCAGUCACGCCUACUUCAGUCACGCCUACUUCAGUCACGUCUACUUCAGUCACGCCUACUUCAGUCACGUCUACUUCAGUCACGCCUACUUCAGUCACGUCUACUUCAGUCACGCCUACUUCAGUCACGCCUACUUCAGCCACGCCUACUUCAGUCACGCCUACUUCAGUCACGCCUACUUCAGUCACGUCUACUUCAGCCACGUCUAUUUCCAUCAUGCCUACUUCAGUCACGCCUACUUCAGUCACGCCUACUUCAGUCACGUCUACUUCAGUCACGCCUACUUCAGUCACGCCUACUUCUAUCAGAAGGUGCAGGCUUUAAUAUCCAGAAUACAGUGA